GUAUGGCUGCAGAUGGGGGUCAGGAUCUAAUUAUACUCACCACUGACAAGCUUUCUGCUGAUAGUGUUUCUCAAUCUGUUACGUGUCCCUCCUGUGGUGCUGUAUCUCUGUUUAUUGGAACUACCAGAGAUAAUUUUGAGGGGAAGAAAGUGAUCCGGCUUGAAUAUGAGGCAUACAGUCCAAUGGCAGAGUCAGAGCUCAGGAAGAUCUGCAGUGAGAUCCGGACAAAGUGGCCCAGCGUCAGACGUAUUAACAUACAGCAUAGACUUGGUGUGGUUCCUAUAACAGAGGCAAGUGUUAUAAUAGGGAUCUCAUCACCGCACAGAAGUGAUUCCCUGGAGGCGGUGAAGUACUGCAUCAACACACUCAAAGCUACUGUGCCAAUCUGGAAGAAGGAAAUAUACGAGUCUGGGGAGCCGUGCUGGAAAGAGAACAAGGAGUGUUUGUGGGCGGAUGCUGGGAAAGAUCCCAAACAAAGUUGAACUGUUAACUAGCAAACGAGCUACAGUAAAUCUCAUGAAGCAUCAAGAGGUUUUUAUUGAAAAAAUACAAAGCUCAAAGUUUUCUUGUAACACCUGAUGAAACAAAGAUUUUAAUCAAAUGAGCAUAUUCUACUCUUCACUUGAAUAGAAAGUCUUAAAAAAGUACCAGUGCAAAAUCAUUAUGUAAACAUUAAGAGAAAUCUUUGUCGUCUAUGAUGCCUUUGAUUAGACGGGCCUCAAAGAUUUCCAAAAAAUGUCACAUCACAACAUCAGUAGAAGUUAAACCCUGAAUUCAUGUAGCAAUAUACUGACAACACUUUCAUAUACAUGCAAAUAUGUUUGACAUUUCAGAAUAUUUGACUAUAUAUAAUGCUUAGAUCAUUUGUUAAUGCAGUAAAAUAGUUUGAAAUGUCAUUACACAUUUGCGGAUAACAUUAAGCUGUAUUUGUUUAUAAAUGGUGUUAGUAAUAAGAAACAAUGCAGACAACACUUUUUAAAAAAUUAACAUCUUGCAUUAUAUAAUGCACAUCAUUUGUUAAUGUAAGAUUUAAUGUAAAGUUUUUAAAGUGUUUCUUAUUACUAACUUGAUUCAUGUGUGCAAGUAGUCACCAUAAUUCAUUUUCUCGUGCAGUGUUAGUCCAUUUCCCUGAUGUGUUGCAUACAGUGGCACUGCUUACUACUGGAGUUAUUUGCUCAUGUUUACAUAGUAUGGACAACAGUGGCAGCGGUAGAUUUACAGAAUCAGACUUGGUUGACACCGCCUGCUUUACCAGUGUAUUGCUGCUUUGGGCAUAAAAUGUUUUUGUGUUUGCAUUUUGUUAUUGCUGAAAUGGUCUCACUACAAUUUUGUGAAGGCAUCUUUUCACUGAUAUAAUUUGGAAUAUAUGCCUGGUAUGCUUUAGAAACUUUGGGAAAACAAUUUGGGAAUUGUAGUAUUCAAGUAUAUAAAAUAAAUGAUCAAAUGUG